UGGAGAGCUGCUUCUCGCAUUGCCUGCCUGCAAUGUUUGCUUCUUGUUUCAGAGAGAAACGAAUUGACAGCGUGCAGAAGAUGACGUUCCUCUGGUUCUUCCUUGGGUUUCUGCCUCUCGUGGCCCCCACCUGCCCUCCACCCUGCCGUUGCGCUGCUAACAUCAUUGACUGCAGCUCGAAGGAUCUCACAGAAGAGACCAUUCCCACCUCUUUCAGUUCUUCAACCGUCCAGCUGUACCUCACCAACAACUAUCUCACCUCCAUCCCCAACGGGGUCUUUGACAACCUGAAGGACCUCCAGAUGGUCUACCUGUGGGGAAAUCCCUGGGAAUGUGACUGUGACAUUCUCUAUUUGCGCACUUGGCUCCAAUGGCAACAGAACCGCACCCUCUACCGGAAUGUGAUGUGCUCCUCCCCACCCCACCUACAAGGCAGGAUCAUCAGUUAUUUAUCAGAAGAUGAGAUCAUCGCCACGUGCCAGUCUUGGUACUGCAGCAUGGCAUUCAUCACCCAGAUCUGCCUUUUCAUCUUCAUCCUUGUGCAAGCCAUUUUGCUUUUCUCUAUCAUCUGUUACCUGAGGAGGUUCCGAAGGCUGGCAAAAGUUGCCUGGAGAGCAAACACUGAGUUGUAUGAGGAUGUCAGUCAAUGGCCAAUUUCCCAUCACCAUUGAUUGAGCCUAGGAACUCAACAUUCUGUAGCAUAGCUGCUUUACCAUCAAACCUCUCAGCCCAAAGAAAUCAUUUAUUUUGGCAGCUAUCUCCCUAGCUUUAUGUAGGAUGUUGCUGUUCUACACAGGAUUUGGCAGAUCUGUUUUUUAAAUGGACAGAUUUUCCUGAGAAGAGUUGCAGAAUGGCAAAAACUAGCAGUUUCACAGGACAGUUGGCAUUUGGUUCUGCGGCUGACUCAAAGGAUCAAUUAGCCUUUCUUCACAAAAAGGAAAAAUUGUGGCUAAUGAAUGACUGACCUUGCCUGUUGAAGGUACACCAUAAGCUGUGUUCCCUUUACUCCAGGAGUUGGCCCUGUAUCUGGGAUAUUAUUUUUUGUGAAUAAGUUUUGUAUGGAAAGAUGGCAUAAAAAUAACCUUAAUAAACAGUAGUUUAAAAGUAUACAUAGACU